AUGUGGAAUCUGGAGUGGCAUUGUUUACCAGAGGGGCAGCCAGAUUCGUCCGAAAAGGAUAGCCUUCGGUCUGGAGGAUUGGAUACACUUUUCAACUGUCAACUAAUCCAAAUGGAAUUCAUCUAUGCGGAAGAGGUUACGCAGUUAUACCCCGUUGAAAAUGUACGGGACGAAAACGUAUUAUUUAAGCAGGCCGAUUUUGAGUCACGUAUUACUUCAUUCGAUGCGCUGCGGUUAAAGCUGACUGAGUGGGAAGAUCAGGUUCUUGAGUAA